UGUUAAAUCAUAUAAUAACCUAAAAGGCAUUUUCAAUGGAGAGAGCUUUUCUUCUUUUACCUUUCUUUUGUCACUGUAUCGGUGCUCGGGUUUUGCUUUUGAUUUCUUUUUUUUUAGUUCAUCCCUGAUUAAUAAUUAGGCGUCGAUGGCGUCAUUAUCGAACCCAUUUCUUUACUCAAUUUAUUAUAUUUUCUUGUUUGGUGUCUUCACUCAAUUAUAUUCCUUUGAUUGUACUAUUUCUCAAUCAUUGAUGGCAUGGUUUAAUUCAUAAGCAAUAUCUUUAGUUUUAGUUUAACGAUGAUCAUUUUGAGUUCUUGCAAAGAGAUGAAUAUACCCUUUAUGAUUAACUUAUACUAAGCUUGUUAUUUCCUUUUUAAAUUUGUCUUUCUUUAUUGGAGCAGUAAAUAUUACUUUCUUUAAUGGCGGAUGCCCUUGGGCCAAGGCUAUACUGCUGCUAUAAGUGCCAAAACGUCGUUUCCCGUCACGAUGAUAUUAUCUCUAAAGGUUUCCAGGCAAACAAUGGCAGAGCCUUUCUCUUCUCCCAUGCAAUGAACAUUACUCUAGGAAGUAAAGAGGAUCGUCACCUGAUCACCGGUCUCCAUACCGUUGCUGAUGUCUACUGCUCCGAUUGCAGCGAGUUGCUUGGUUGGAAAUACGAAAGAGCCUAUGAAGAAUCACAAAAAUAUAAGGAGGGCAAAUUCAUACUAGAGAAGUUCAAGAUUGUCAAGGAAAAUUGGUAGGAGCAACAAGUUUGUCCUUCUUAUAUGGCGAAACUACUUAAAUUCAUUGUUUAGAACUCAUAAUUAGCCUAAUUGUACAUAAAUUAAUGCAUUAAUGCAGUUGAAAGUUGUUUAAUGCUACAAAUGAGAUCAGGAAACUGAUAUGGAUUGGAAGGAAAAUUAAAAUGGAUUUUAAUCCAAAAGAAGUCAAAGAUUGUUUUUUUUAGUAGUUUCCAGGUAGUUUCCUGUGAGAUUGGUGUAGUUUUCUGGCUCAGAAGGUCGUUCACAUGGCGGCAGUACGAUUCUGGUAAAUGCAUAUGCCGUGACGUCUCUGAUUACAUCAAUCUGAGUUGUCUUCCUCUUGGUAUUUCACAUCAUUACCAAGAUGUAUGAUAAAAAUGUACAACCAGUCUAAUUGCAGGCUAUUGAAAUUAUAGGUUUUAUAAUUAGAAA